AUGCCUCACUCUGUCUCAUGCCUUGAACUUUCAUUUUUGAGUUUAUCUACUAAUUGAAAAUAUGAAUUGAGGAGAAUGUAAUGGCUGAGGAAAGGCCUCUCCUUUCUGGUAAGCCAUCUAUCUUCACUCACUUACCCCCAACAUGUUUUCCUGCUCGCAUAAAGGACGGACCAAGUUAAAUUGUAGCCAGAAGAUCAGGAAACAAGUGAGACUAGCUAGUUCUACAGACUGCGAAUUAAAACCAGUUAGAGCUGGAGUGCUGUCAGACUUCAAACCGCAUCUGGAAUUGGCCAUGUCUGAAUUUGCAUUUUUACAUCUGCAACUUCAGCACUGAAAUUUGUCAAAUAUUUCACAUGCGAAAGCAUGCAUUAUACAAAUUCGGGGCCAUUACUUGAUUCCAAAGGAGAUACACUGUCGUGAGUUUUUUAAAGUAUUUGGCAAAUGGAAAGAUAGCGAGGGUGGAUUGGACUUCAAUGUCCUAUUCAAUCAUGAAAAUAGUUGCGUAGAGAGGUAUUUUCUCUGCUGAGAAUUUUCACUUGGGACAUUCCAAUGUUGGAAGAUAGUCGAUCAUAA